AACGGAGCGAGGUGUUACCAUAUCAACGGGGCCUGUCUGUGUGACGAGGGGUUCAAAGGUCCUAGCUGUCAGGACAGGUUCUGUCCCUCUGGACUGUAUGGACUCAUCUGUGAUAAAUACUGCCCCUGCAACGCCUUAAACACGCUCAGGUACUUUCUAUCCUAAAUAAGGCUGUUUUGAGAUAAAGUAACAUUUCUUCACGCUGAGCUAUGAUCGAUGAUGAUAAUACACUGUGAUCCAUUUAGUUUUUAUCCUAUUGCACUUUUUCAUUACAUACAGAAUCUCAAAGAGUUUAGCGGUGGGUUGGCAGUGUUAAAAACAAGCUAUUUAGAAAAUAGUAUCCUUGAAAGAACAGUAGUCUGAUGGCCCAACACCAGUAAAUCAACUGCUCUCCAGUAGAUCAUUUUGAUGGCUGUGUUAACAUAAACAUAACCGAGUUGGAAGUCUCCAUUGAACGUUGUUCUAACUAAGAGGAAUGGCCCAUAUGGUGUUCCGGUGCUCUGCUACACAUUCAGCAGCCAGCCAGUACGGUCUCUAAGGACCUGAGAGAGAUGUAUCUAUUCUACUGUACUACUCAUAGAACAAAGGGUUUCAAACGGGUUCUUCGGCUGUCCAGGUAGAACCCUUUUUGGUUUCAGGUAGAAAGGGUUCUACAUGGAACCCAAAAGGGUUUUAACUGGAACCAAGAAAGGUUCUUCGGCUGUCCCUAUAGGAUAACCCUUUGAAGAACCCUUAUUGGUUCCAGGUAGAACCCUUUUGGUCCAGUUAAAACUCUUUUGGGUUCCAUGUAGAACCCUUUCUACCUUGUAGGUUCUAGAUAUCACCUUUUUUUUCUAAGAGUGUAUCAGCAGACAGAGACUGUAUCUAUCUUGAGCCUCCUCUUCUCUCCUCUCCUCUCCUCUCCUACUCCUCUCCUCUCCUCUCCUCUCUCCUCUCCUCUCCUCUCCUCUCCUCUCCUCUCCUCUCCUCUCCUCUCCUCUCCUCUCCUCUCCUCUCCUCUCCUCUCCUCUCCUCUCCUCUCCUCUCCUCUCCUCUCCAUUCCCAGCUGCCAUCCGUUGUCGGGGGAGUGUGCGUGUGCGGCGGGGUGGGCGGGUCUGUUCUGCAACGAGACCUGUCCGUCAGGUUACUAUGGCGAGGGGUGCAAGGAGCCGUGUGCGUUGUGCCAACGGAGCCGACUGUGAUGGCAUCACUGGAGCCUGCAUCUGUGCCCCCGGGUACAUG